AUGUUCCGGUUUCCCACGAUUUUCCUCGCCAUUCUUGGUUUAACGAGGGCUGUUGCCCUUCCCAGGGAUCUUACGACAGACGCAACAGGAAGAGAUUGGCAGGCAGCGGUGCAGAACAUCAAUGGCAUGAAUUCGAUCCUCACACUCCUUCCCGUCUUGACGGGAAAGGUCCAGAACAUCAAACUUGUUGCCAGCCGUUCGUUCCCUGCGUCGUUUGUGGUGGCUGGAAUUGGUGCAGGCCGGGUUCUGUCCAAGUUGCAGCUGGGCAUCCUGCUGUGGAGUUUCGAGCUCUACCGCAAUACCGUGGCUGAGUUGUCCUACGCCCACGACGAGUACGUGAACCGGUUCAUGCCCAAGCUGCGGCAUGUUCCGUCAGGCACCGCUGAACGGCACACGACGAGCCUCAUCGUCAACCACAAUCCGGCAGAAGCCUACAUGGUCGAGGCGUGGUUCCAAGCUCGAGGGCACGCGUCCACUGUUCGGCUGAAGCAGAACAACUACGUGAGGCUGCUGGUGGGGUCCGUCAUCUAUCUCGCCCUCUACAGUGGUGAGAUCUUUCUGGCCGUUCAGAACGGAGCGAACGGAACUGGCCAGUUGUUGAUCGUCGUGCAAACUAUCUGUGUCUGCCUGUGGCUCGCGGCCGUCGUCAUGAUUCAAAUUGCUCGCGGCCAGGGCAAGGCUGAAGUCCAGCUUAACAGACUGGGAUCUCCCGAGUAUCGUUGUCUCCAGAUUCCCACGGCCGGCGAGCAGGUCACCUGUGUCAUCCUCAGUUUCCACCUCAACAACCUCAGCGGGUUCCAAGUGUACGGGGCGAACUACGAACAGCCAAUCUUGAGGGUAGCAGGUGGCUUGAUCCUCGUCAGUGGUAUCCUCGACCUGGUUUCGACCGUCUUGAUAGUCGGCCUCACGGCGUGGGCAUACCCGUGGAUCGGGUUGGAGGUCGCCAUCAUCCUCACCAAGGUCGUGUUUUGCCUCGAGCCGACCCGCGAAAUAGAGAUUGCCGUCGUUGAUGCGGAUGGCAACGGGCCCAUCCAAGGUGGCUUCGAUCCUCUCCCUCUCCAGAUCCAGCUCGCGGAUCCCUUGGCUUGCGAGAGGGUCACGACCAACCACAACGUCCUCCGCGACACGCACACUGGGCGGGAUUGGCAGUCGACCUCGGCUGGGCUAUGGAUUGGGCAGGAAUACACUGCACCAGACAGCUCCGGUGGCUUCUCGACAAUGUACCUGACUUUGAAUGGGGAGAAAAAACUCAGCUUGACGGCCGACGAGCCAGAGAAGCAGGACAACCAGGCGCUGCAGCGCGAGUUUCUUGCCGCCCUGGCGAGUGUGGUUGAAGCCAAUGCCGUGCCUGGUGAGAAGUUCAUCGCGGCCGUGGAGCAGACGUUGGACAAUAUCAAGCGCACGAUGGCGGCGAAUUGGUUUGCAUUUGGGUCCAAGGAUGUGAUGGACAAGGUCAACCGGGCUCGACGGAAUCGCAGAUGGAGACGGUUUCUGUAG